AUGAAUCCGAAUCGGACGAGGUUUUAUGAGGAGCUGGGGGAAGUGAUCCGCAGCGCGAAGUCCUUUCGCAAGCAAAGAGACUUCAACGCAAAACUACAAAAGGCCACCGAGGAGGAAUACAGAAUCAAACGAUUUGGACUUCGGAACCGGAAUGAAAACGGCAGUCGCCUCACUAGGCUGCAGUUCGUCACUCGCCUCUUUCAUGAGAAUUCUCAUUUUAUGAAGAAAAAUUAUCGUCGCUGGACAUGGGAAUCGCCGAACGGCAAGACUCGUGCGGAGAUCGACCACAUACUCACGAACCGAAGACACGACGCCAUGAUUUGGCGACCGUGGCAAGUUCUCGCGGUUCUGUAUGCGGUGCUGUCCAUUACAUUUGUGGACGCCAAUGAAUUCAUUAGCUCCGAUCACGUUGUAAAUACAACACUGGGUCAGAUUCGAGGUGUACCACAGAAUUUCGAAGACAAAAAAGUUACCGCUUUUCUUGGUGUGCCAUAUGGUCAACCACCGACUAGGAAACUACGAUUCAGCAACCCGAAGAUGGUGCUACCAUGGGAAGGUGUAAAGAAUGCUACAACACCGGCUCAGCCAUGCUUCCACUUCCCAGACAGUAAAUUUAAAGGAUUUCGUGGGUCAGAGAUGUGGAAUCCGAAAGGAAAUAUGACCGAGGAUUGCUUGAAUAUGAAUAUCUGGGUCCCACACGAUACCGAUGGUUCCGAUGGAUUGGACGUGAUUGUAUGGAUUUUCGGAGGCGGCUUCUUCACCGGAUCACCAUCUUUAGAUGUUUACAACGGUACUGCUCUAGCAGCCAGGAAACGUACCAUUGUUGUGAACAUAAACUAUCGAUUGGGUCCCUUCGGUUUCCUUUAUCUUGGUGAUGACUCUCGUGCACAAGGGAAUAUGGGACUGCAAGAUCAACAAGUUGCAUUGCGAUGGGUGCAUAAACAUAUAAGUUCCUUUGGUGGAAAUCCGAAAAGAGUUACUCUCUUCGGCGAAGCAUCAGGCUCUGCUUCAGCAACCGCUCAUCUAGCAGCACCGGGAAGCUAUAAGUUUUUCAAUAAAAUAAUUGGCAAUGGUGGCACAAUCAUGAAUAGUUGGGCCAGUAGAACAAACACAUCGAUGUUUGAGCUGUCAAUGAAACUGGCUGAACAGUUGAACUGUACCAAGAAUGGAGAAGAACCGACUACUGUACAUCGCUGUUUGGUUGACCGUCCAGCAGAUGUGGUUCUAAAAGAGGCCGCUGUUGUGUCUCUUCAAAUUGGCCUUGUGCUGACGUUUGCUUUCAUACCCAUCACUUCUGAUAGGAACUUCUUCAAGGGGAAUGUCUUUGAUCGUCUCCGAGGUAAAGACAUUAAGAAGAAUGUAUCCAUUGUUCUUGGUACCGUAAAAGACGAAGCAACCUUCUUUUUACCAUACUACUUUGGUCAGAAUGGUUUCUCGUUCAAUAACUCAUUCUCAGCAGAUGGGGAAGAAAACAGAGCAGUCAUAAAUAUAUCACAGUAUAAUUAUGCGAUGAAUGCAACUGCGCCUUCCCUAGGGGAAUCACUGGAACCACUUUUAGAAGCCUAUAAGAAUGUGUCGACGCAAAAAGAAGAAGGCGAAAGAUUACGCGAUGGUGUUGGUCGAUUCAUGGGCGACUACUUCUAUACCUGCAGCGUCAUUGAUUUCGCUAAUAUCGUCUCAGACAUUAUUAAUGGAUCUUUGUAUAUGUAUUACUUUACUAAGAGGUCAGUGGCAAAUCCUUGGCCAGAGUGGAUGGGUGUAAUGCAUGGUUAUGAAAUAGAAUACGAAUUUGGACAGCCUUUCCUAAAUUCAUCACUGUACAAGGGAAAACUUAAAAACGAAAAGAUCUUCUCGAAAAAUAUCAUGCGUUUUUGGAAACAUUUCAUCAAGACUGGUGUCCCUGUCGAUUUUUGGCCGAAAUACGAUCGAAAGGAGCGGAAAGCGCUCGUACUUGGCGAGGAAAGCGUGAACAAUUCUUACCCUAAUAUGACCAAUGUUCAUGGACCGUACUGUGAACUGAUCGAAGAAGCAAAGGCGUCUACAAAUAAUGGACUCACCUUGAAGAAAUACAUUGAAGGGAAGAUAAAAAAUAACGAAACGAACGUAUUUUGA